UGGGGUCUAGUCCGCAGCCCACGGGAUUAGAUUUGGUGUUAAACCAGAAUCACACAGUCCAGGAAUAUACUCUUGUUUCCGUUCCCCAUUUUCCGAAGACCCAUCCAUCUCUCCACCGUCGCAAUGGGGCAAGCCUGGGCGUCUCUCCAAGAUAAGCUCCAAGGGAGGCGGUGGAAGGAGCGACAGGUGAGGAAGAUCACGGACAAGGCGUUCGACCGCCUCACGGAGGACGCCAAGACGCGCGAGAAGGAGGCCCUCACCUUCGACGAGGUCUACAUCGCCGUCCUAUGCGUCUACAAUGAUAUCAACAAGUACUUGCCGGGGCCGCACUACGAUCCCCCAUCCAAGGAAAAGCUGAAGGCCAUGAUGGAUGAGUUUGACGUUAACCUGGACGGGCUCCUGGACCGGGAGGAGUUCGCCGAGUUCAUCCGGAAGCUGACCGCCGACUCGCUGUGCGCGAUCAGCCAGAAGCUCGUGAUCACGCUGGUGGCCGCGCCCGCGCUGGCGAUGGCGACCAAGAGGGCGACCGAGGGCGUCCCCAGCGUCGGGAGGGUGGUGCGCAAGGUGCCCAACGCGCUCUACGCCGCCGCCAUCACCCUGGCCGUCGUGCUCGUCCAGAGAUCCUCCGAGGGCAUCGAGUGACUUUCCCGAACCUGCACCGUGAUGGCGUGAUGCGUUGAUGCACCAGGCGACAACGCUUACCGACCGCAUCGUCUCUAGGAUAGGUGUUUCUCCGACUUGCCGUGUGAUAAUGUGUUCAGUGCUUUUCUGUGACAUUUUAUUUGAUGUGAUUUGUUCUGGUUUCGGUAAUACAGCUAUGUAGAACUGUGGAUUCAUGUGGACUGUAUUGUGUCAUGUGCAAUUUAGCAAGUGAAUAAAGCAGUACUCCUCGUGACGAA